GCGCGGAAAGGAAAACUACACGGCUGCUCUUUGGCCGUGAACUAGGCAAGGUGAAAUCGCCGACGAGAGGCGUGUGUUAUCGCAGCGAUACGAGCGGUGCGCCUGCAGACCACGGGCCAGUCCGCCUGACGAGGGUCAUCGCUCGACGCUCGCUGUUAGUGAAGUUGACGCUGCCUGGAGGCCGGCACGUUGACAUGUCGGCAGAGAAAGAGUUCUCCGGACGCAUUGCAGUUGUGACCGGCGGAGGCAGCGGCAUCGGCGAAGCCAUCUGUCACGUGCUGGCCGAGAAAGGCGCCCGGGUCGUGGUGGCGGACAUCAAUGUAGAAGCAGCGAAAAGGGUCUCAAGGUCCCUGCCGGGAGAUCAGGGUCACCUCGCUGUGGAAGUGGACGUGGGCGAGUCGGCGUCCGUCGAAAGGUUGUUCGAAGUUGUUCGUGAACAGAGUGGCGGCACACCGGUCAGCAUAGUUAUCAACAAUGCCGGCAUCGGCACUGCCUUCGCUUCGAUCGCUGACUCGAGCGAAGAGGACUUUGACCGCGUAAUCAAGACGAAUCUCAAGGUGAGGUUCAAGAGUAGAACCAUAAGACGGAACGACAUCUGA